AUGCCGAGAGCUGCCCGUCAGCCCGUCCGUCCCGCAGGCGAAGGCAACCCAAGGGCAGAUGACUUGCAGGACCCCCUCGCCUUGUGGCCGCCUUAUUCCUACAUCGCCCUCAUCGUCAUGGCCAUCCAGAGCUCGCCCUCCAAACGCCUGACCCUCAGCGAGAUCUACCAGUUCUUGCAGAGCCGCUUCCCUUUCUUCCGCGGCUCCUACCAGGGCUGGAAAAACUCGGUGCGCCACAACCUCUCGCUCAACGAGUGCUUCAUCAAGCUGCCCAAGGGGCUGGGACGCCCGGGCAAGGGCCACUACUGGACCAUCGACCCGGCCAGCGAGUUCAUGUUCGAGGAGGGCUCGUUUCGCCGCCGGCCCCGCGGUUUCAGGAGGAAAUGCCAGGCGCUGAAGCCCAUGUAUAGCAUGAUGAACGGGCUCAGCUUCAACCAUCUCCCCGAGAGCUACGGCUUCCAGGGCUCGGCCGGCGGGCUCUCCUGCCCCCCCAACGCAAAGAGACCGCUGGGGGUGCUCCCCUUCGCACAUCCCUGCCAAGAAAUCUCUGCCGGGGGGGGAGUCAUCCGCAGGGACAAAAUACCCGAUGCAGCGGAUUACAAUGUCGCCUCGCUGCUCUGCGCCACACACCACGCUGUGAGCAGCAUCAUUCAACAAAAGAAAAUCCCCUCCAAAGCGACCACGUUCUCCAGCCUAAUGGAUCUGGUGGAGGCUCCGUUCAUCCGAUAG